AUGAGUCAAUUCAUUAUGUUAUUUUUUUUGUUGGUGGUAAUAAAUGCAGAAACAUGUCCUGAGAGCCUUUCAACUUGUUCUUCUUGUUCAAAAGACUCAGACGAAAAUUAUGUCUGUAGUGAUUGUUUUUAUGACUGUAUUCUUAUUAAUGGCUCUUGUAUAAUCCCUGAAAGAGGAAAUGAAAAAUGCAGAUGUCCUAGUUAUUCUACAGUUGUUGGUGGUGUGUGUGUUUGCAAUAACAACAGAUAUUAUGAUUCUGAAAAAGGUACUUGUCAAAAGUGUACUACCAAUAACCCUCAAUGUAGUUCUUGUAAUGAGACUAAUGGUGAAUGUAUGUCUUGUAACAAUCCAUAUGUAUUAGAUGAAAAAACAAAACAGUGUAUGAGUGCAUGUCCUGAUAUUCCUCAUUGUUUAGAAUGUUCAUCAAAUAAUUGUACUAUAUGUGAAAAUAAAUACGAACCAAAAGACAAUGGUGCUUCAUGUGGGUGUGCUUCCCCUUAUACUGAAGUCUCAGGAAAAUGCGUAAAAUGUUCUUCAGCUUAUAGCCAUUGUUUAGACGGAAAUUGUGAUGAUACAAAAUGCUUAAAAUGUGAUGAAGAAAAUGGUUUUAAGAUGAAUGAGAGGAAUGAGUGUGUUUGUUCACCAUCAACUGGUUACAACCCCAUGCUUGGCAAGUGCCAACCUUGUAGAGGUGAUUGUGAUACUUGUACUGAGAAUUAUGCUGUAUGUGAAGGAAGUUGUAGAGGAAAUGCAUCAAUCUCAAAUAAUUGUGGGUGUGUUGGAAGUACUUAUCAUUGCAAUGAACAUGACUGUUGUGAGUGUUCAAUUCUUCAUAGUCAUUGUUUGUAUUGUGAUACUACUGUUUGCAAUCAAUGUGAUCCAGAAUAUGUUCUUGAAAAUGGAGUAUGCAAAGAAUGUCAGGAAGUAUUUACUAUGUGUUCUUAUUGUAGGAAUGGCAAGUGUGAGGAAUGUGUUGAUGGGUAUUAUAAGAGUGAAGGAUCAUGUAAUAAAUGUGCUGAUCAUUGUCUUAGUUGUAAUGAAACUAAUUGUGACUUAUGUCAAGUUGGUUAUUAUGUAAAUGGUAAUAAAUGCAGUCCUUGUUUACCUCAUUGUAUGAGUUGUCAAAAUGAAAGUUUCUGUGACUUAUGUGAAGAUUCAUAUGAAUGGUAUACUCUUAAAAAUGAAUGUGUUUUAGGAGGUGAUGAUGAUGAUCCUUCUAAUGGAUCAAAAGAAUCAAUUGUUUCUAUUGGUUUGAUGAUAGUAGCAUUUUUAUUCAUUUAA